AUGGGAAUGGAAUAUGAACUACGGAAAUAUGCAGAAAUUAAAGAAAACCAAUUUCAUAGCCUCCUGAAGAAAAUGUUGGCUUUAAAGAAAUAUUUGGUUUAUGGAUACUAUAGACAGCAGCGAAAAUUGACUGAGGAGAUUGAUUGGUCCUACACAGGAACUUUGGACCAAAAUAAUUGGUGGAAGAAAUAUCCAGCAUGCAAUGAUGGUAAACAGUCUCCUAUUAAUAUUGAUGAAGACCUUACUCAAGUAAAUGUAAAUCUGAAGAAACUUCAAUUCCAUGGCUGGGAAAAGGAAUCUUUGGGAGAUACUUACAUUCACAAUACUGGCAAAACUGUGGAAAUUAAUCUGACAAAUGAUUAUUAUGUCAGUGGAGGUGGCUUAGAUACAGUAUUUAAAGCAAGCAAGAUCACUUUUCAUUGGGGAAAAUGCAAUAGAUCAUCAAAUGGAUCUGAACAUAGUUUAGAAGGACAAAAGUUUCCUCUUGAGAUGCAAAUCUACUGCUACAAUGGAGAUGAAUUUACAAAUUUUGAGGAAGCAGUUAAAAGAAGUGGGAAGUUAAGAGCUUUAUCAAUUUUGUUUAAGAUUGUUCCUGAAGAUAAUCUGGAUUAUGAAGCAAUCAUUAAAGGAGUAGACAGUGUUAGUCGUUUUGGAAAACAGGCUGCUUUAGAGCCAUUUGUUUUGCUGAACCUUUUGCCGAAUUCAACAGACAAAUAUUAUACUUAUAAUGGAUCAUUGUCAACUCCUCCCUGCUCAGAGACAGUUGAAUGGAUUGUGUUUAAAGAUACCAUAGGAAUUUCUGAAAGCCAGUUGGCUGUAUUUUGUGAAGUCCUUACAAUGCAGCAGUCUGGCUAUGUCAUGCUUAUGGAUUACCUACAAAACAACUUUAGAAAGCAACAAUAUAAGUUCUCUGGGCAGGUGUUUUCUUCAUACACUGGACAAGAAGAAAUUCAUGAAGCAGUUUGCAGCUCAGAACCAGAAAAUGUCCAAGCUGAUCCAAAGAACUAUACUAGCCUACUUGUUACCUGGGAUCGACCUCGAGUUGUGUAUGACACUAUGAUUGACAGAUUUGCAGUCUUUUAUCAGCAAUUGGAUGGAGAAGACCAGACUAAGCAUGAGUUUCUGACAGAUGGAUAUCAAGACUUGGGAGCUAUUCUAAAUAAUCUGCUGCCCAAUACAAGUUACGUUCUUCAGAUAGUUGCUAUUUGCUCUAAUGGUCUAUUUGGAAAAUACAGUGACCAAGUCAUUGUUGAUACACCUCCAGAUGGUCCAGAUAUUGACCUCUUCCCUGACUUAAAGGAAACAGAAGAAUAUGAGGAAGAAGAUGAUGAGAAGGAAGCAGAAAUGGAUGAAGAAAUCACAGUGAUUCCUAGUACUGAUAGUGCUAUAAACCAAAUAAGGAAGAAAGAAUUCCAGGUGACUACAUCUAGCUACAGUCAAGAGAAAAUGGGGACAAAAUCCAAUGAAGCAAAAACAAACAGAUACUUAAAACAGAAAGAAUCACAUGGAAAGGAUAUUUUCAAAGCAUUUUUUUAUCCCACUUCCCAGCCUGUUACUGAAAAAUCAGAUGAAGAGAAAGACACUUCUUUGGAAACUCAGACUGUUACCAGAAUGCCUCCUCAAGUGAAUGACCCCACCAAAGGUAUUGAGGAAGAGUAUGUAUAUAUUUCUUCUGGCACUGAACCAACAACAACGUCUGCUGCUGGUAGCAGUGAGGGAGAUUUUUUAUCACCAGUUUUCAAGCCUGAUCAAGAUGCAGAUGAUUCUUGGAGCUUCAUUCUUACCACUACUUCUAUGCAGUUUGUUACUGAAGAAACAACCCAGGAAGACAUCCUGCCCUCAGGAAGCCCAGAUAUAAGCAUGCAUGAUUUUCAUUCACAAGGCUAUAAUCAGAGUGUUUCAGAAGUUGUAGCACCCUCAGAUGCUGAAGAAUCUGCAGAUAAUACACCUUCUGUUGAUGGAAAGUUGUGGUUUCAUAAUGCUACAGAUUUGACAGAUAGAUCUGUUGUUCCAUUGGAUAGAAAGCAGUUAAUUCAAACUAGUUAUACCAAUGCUUAUAUUGAGGGAUUAAAGCCAGCUACAGUACCCUAUUCCAGUGGUCCAGUCAUGUCACAAGAUACUUCAGAUGCGGAUAUAGAAUUGCCACAUUAUCCUACUUUUGCUCUCUCCCCUACUGAGUUAUCACUUCAUUCUGUCUCUUCAAGCUCUGGAGAAUAUGGUUCUGCUUCUGCUGCCAGUGAGGUACUCUCUCAGACAACUCAACCUGUGUAUAAUGGUGAGAUACCUCUUCAACCUUCCUACAGUAGUGAAGUGUUUCCUCUAGUCACCCCUUUAUUGUUUGACACUCAGAUGCUCAACACUGCCCCUGCUACACCAGGUAGUGAUGUGACCUUGCAUGCUACACCUGUAUUUCCCAGUGUUGAUGUGUCAUUUGAACCCACCCUGUCUUCCUAUGAUGAUGUACCUUUGCUUACAUUUUCCUCUGCUUCCUUCAGUAGUAGAAUGUUUCACCACCUGUAUACAGUUUCUCAAAUGUUUCCACAAGGUACUCCAGCUGUUGCAAGUGAUAAGUUGUCCCUGCAUGCUUCUUUGACAUUGGCAGAGAGUGAUACAUUAAUACAGCCAAGCCUUUCUCAAUUUUCUGAUGUGGUAUCACAUCAGACCACUCAUGCUGCUUCAGAGACAUUGAUAUCUGGCCAUAAUAGAACUCACGUAUUUUCUCAAGUUGAACCAUCCAGCAGUGAUUUAAAAAUGCAUGCAGUGUCUACAAUGUCUGAACUUGCUUAUGCUUUGUCUAGUAAUAUGGGCUACCUCCAAACCUUUACUGUUUCUUAUGACUCUCCAGAAUUGGUGCAUGAUUCUGUUGGCAUAUUUCAUCAAGGUCCCUUAUUUAGCAGCUAUAACAAUGUACUGGUGCAUAAGCCUUCUUCUGUAAUAUCACAAGCUGAUACUUUGCUACAGCCUACACGCUCUCUCUCUAGUGAUACGGAUUGGUCUGAAGCAUACUCUGGUAGUGAAUCCCUUUUGCCUGAUACAGUUGCUUUGGCUAUACUUAAAGUUUCUUCAUCUGAUUCUAUAGGUGAAUUUACAUAUGCAACACCUGGGUUUAGUGAUGUUAAUAAGACACUUCAUAAAAGUGACAUAAGAUAUGGAGAUGAAAAAGAACUGCAGUUUUCCUCCUCUUUCAGUGAAAUGGCUUCCCAUGCUGAAAGUAAAAUGAUGCAUGAACUUCCUAUAUCAGUUUUUAACAAAGAUAUAAUUAAUCAGAAUACAUCUUUGCAAGAAAUCCCACUUCCUGUUUCUAGCACAAAGGGAAUCCUUCCAGUCUCUCUUGCUUUUCCCACUACUAAGAGUUUUGAUCAUGAUAUUAGUAAAUUUUCAGAAAAUCACUUUUCUGUUCAGCCUUUGCAUGUUGCACCUACAGCCUUUGAUGACACUUUGCUUAAACCUAUGCUUAGUGCAAUCUCAGAUCAAGCUCUCUCUGCCCCUGCUUCUAGCAAAAUGUUGUCUCCUUCAACUCAACGGUACCUUUUUGAGACAUCAGCUGCAAUAAAUAAUGAAGCAUUUCUACAAAGCUCCUUCCAGUCUUCUGGUGAUGGCUCUCUGCUUAAAACAGCUGCAACUGUGCCUAGUGAUCCAAUAUUGGUUGAAAGCUCCCAGGUUUUUAAAAUUAGUUCUACAUUUGACCAAAUAUUGCAUCCGAUGGCACCAGAUUCUGCUACAAAUAAAACCAUGUUGCAUUCUACAUCUGCACCGUCAAUAACUGAUAAUUUGUCCCACCCUUCUAGUAAGCCCACAGCAUCACUUCAAGGUUUAACUGUUGCUUAUGUGAGUGAGGAACAUGUUUCAUCCAAUUUAUUUAACAGUGAAGAUAUUCAGCUGGUUCCUCCUUUAUUGCAUAGUAGUGGUGUUUCAUUCCAGUCAACCAGUUUAGAAAACACAAAUGCCAUUCCCCCACAAGUAGCAAAUGCUGCAGUGGUUACUACUCCUUUCCUAACAAUUGACUCAUUACCAAGUAUAGCCACUUCUGUAAACAGCCACAUUUCUUCAAGUGUUUCUCAAAGAAGUGAGGCUACCAGUUUUUCAAGUGCUACUGUUGUUAAUGGUUCUGUUCAUGUACCUGCAGUUGUUUCUGAUUCUCGUGUGUCUGUUCAUCAUACCCUUCCUUUACCCAAUGCGUAUUUUUCUGUUACAUCUGUUUCUCCCAGCAGUGAGAGCCAUUUAACCCCAACCAAGUUGCAGGUUCCCUCUAAAACAUCCUCAGGGCUGCCCCCCAGUGCCAAUUCUGAUAUUAAUGUGUGGUCUUCUGUAGUAGAUGAUGAUUAUGAUGAAUAUGAUUAUGCCUUACCUGUAAGUAAUUGUAUCACAUGCACUUCCCAUAAAGAAAUUCAGGAAAAGGUAGUAGAUGAACAGAAAACACAGGUAAACAAUAUAAAGGAUCAGAAUAACCACAUUAUAAAUUCACAUUCUGAGAAAUAUGAAGAAGAAAAGAAAAUUACACCUGCUGCAUCAGACAGUCAGAUAAAUCAUGCCAUGGACAAGCAUAAUUAUACAUCAAUACUGACAUUGACAGCAAGUGAGAUACCUAAGAAGCACAACGAUCCAACAGUAUUGGAAAAUCAUAUCCAGACUGUUAGUAUCCCAUUACAAAACACAUCCGAAUCUAAAUCUUGGGCUGUUUUUACAAGUGAUGAAGAGAGUGGUUCUGGUCAAGGUACUUCAGAUAGCCUUAAUGAUAAUGAGACUUCAACAGAUUUCAGUUUUCCUGACCUUAAUGAGAGAGACUCUGAAGGGGCAGUUGAAGCAGGUAACUCAGAAUUAACUCCUGGAUCAUCACAGUCAUCAGCACCAUCUGUAACUAGUGAUCACUCACCAGUAUUCAACGUUUCUGAGGCAGAGGCAAGUAAUAGUAGCCAUGAGUCUCGUAUUGGUCUAGCUGAGAGUCUGGAAUCAGAGAAGAAGACAGUUAUACCACUUGUGGUCGUAUCAGCCCUGACUUUUAUCUGUCUAGUGAUUCUUGUGGGUAUUCUCAUAUAUUGGAGGAAAUGCUUCCAGACCGCUCACUUUUAUUUAGAAGAUAACACAUCACCUAGAGUGAUAUCGACUCCUCCUGCACCAGUCUUUCCAGUCUCAGAUGAUGUUGGAGCAAUUCCAAUAAAACAUUUUCCAAAACACGUUGCAGAUUUACAUGCAAGUAAUGGUUUUACUGAAGAAUUUGAGACACUUAAAGAGUUUUACCAGGAAAUCCAGAGCUGUACCAUAGAUCUAGGUAUUACUUCAGACAGCUCUAAUCACCCAGACAACAAGAAUAAGAAUCGAUACAUAAAUAUUGUUGCCUAUGAUCACACUAGAGUUAAGCUAGCACAGCUUGCAGAAAAGGAUGGAAAACUGACUGAUUACAUUAAUGCCAACUAUGUUGAUGGUUACAACAAGCCAAAAGCUUAUAUUGCAGCUCAAGGACCAUUAAAAUCAACAGCAGAAGAUUUCUGGAGAAUGAUAUGGGAGCACAAUGUGGAAGUCAUUGUAAUGAUAACUAACCUUGUUGAGAAAGGAAGGAGGAAGUGUGACCAGUACUGGCCUGCUGAUGGUAGUGAAGAAUAUGGGAAUUUUUUGGUCACUCAGAAGAGCGUUCAUAUACUUGCCUAUUACACUGUGAGGAAUUUUACUAUUAGAAACACCAAGGUCAAAAAGGGUUCCCAGAAAGGAAGGUCCAGUGGGCGUGUAGUAACACAGUACCAUUAUACCCAGUGGCCUGAUAUGGGUGUUCCAGAAUAUACUCUGCCUGUGCUCACUUUUGUACGGAAGGCAUCAUAUGCUAAGCGCCAUGCUGUUGGGCCUGUUGUGGUUCAUUGCAGUACGUCAACUUUGAUGGAACAAUUGAAAAGGGAACCUCCUCAUGAAAUCUGUCCUUCUGGAGCUGAUUCUGAUGAAGCCCACAGUGCUGGUGUUGGGAGAACAGGCACAUACAUAGUACUAGACAGCAUGUUGCACCAAAUUCAUCAUGAAGGAACGGUCAAUAUAUUUGGAUUCUUGAAACACAUACGUACACAAAGGAACUACUUGGUGCAGACUGAGGAACAAUACAUCUUUAUCCAUGAUGCGUUGGUUGAAGCCAUACUCAGUAAAGAAACAGAAGUCCUCGAGAGUCACAUUCAUGCCUAUGUUAAUACUCUCUUAAUACCUGGACCAACAGGAAAGACAAGAUUAGAGAAACAGUUCAAGCUACUGAGCCAGUCUAAUAUACAGCAGUGCGAUUAUUCUACUGCACUGAAACAGUGUAACAGAGAAAAGAACAGAACUUCUUCAAUCAUUCCUGUGGAACGAUCUAGAGUUGGUAUCUCUUCAUUGUCCGGUGAAGGUACAGAUUACAUCAAUGCUUCAUAUAUUAUGGGUUAUUAUCAAAGUAAUGAAUUCAUUAUCACCCAGCAUCCCUUGUUACAUACCAUCAAGGAUUUCUGGAGAAUGAUAUGGGACCAUAAUGCCCAGCUAAUAGUCAUGCUUCCUGAUAGUCAGAACAUGGCUGAAGAUGAAUUUGUUUACUGGCCAAACAAAGAUGAGCCUAUAAACUGUGAGAGCUUUAAAGUGACUAUGAUUGCUGAAGAACACAAGUGUCUGUCUAAUGAGGAAAAACUCAUAAUCCAAGAUUUUAUUUUAGAAGCUACACAGGAUGACUAUGUUCUUGAAGUGAGGCAUUUUCAGUGUCCCAGAUGGCCAAAUCCAGACAGUCCAAUUAGCAAAACAUUUGAACUUAUAAGUAUCAUCAAAGAAGAAACUUCUAACAGAGAUGGGCCCAUGAUUGUGCAUGAUGAGCACGGCGGGGGGACAGCAGGGACCUUCUGUGCACUAACAACACUCAUGCAUCAACUGGAAAAUGAAAGCUCUGUGGAUGUCUAUCAGGUAGCGAAGAUGAUUAAUUUGAUGAGGCCUGGAGUUUUCACAGAUAUAGAGCAGUACCAGUUUCUGUAUAAAGCUAUCCUCAGUCUUGUUAGCACAAGGCAAGAAGAAAAUCCUUCUGCUUCUAUGGACAGUAAUGGCACAGCUUUACCUGAUGGAAAUGCAGCUGAAAGCUUAGAAUCUUUGGUUUAACUAACUCAAAACACACACAUGCAUGCACAUACAUACAGAUGUACACACGCACAUGUGCACACACACCACCUGAAGUAUAGCAUUGUUGUUUUCUUUUUUAUAUUUCACGGGGGAUGAGGGGGCUGCCCAAUUAUUAUAUAAUCUGUUCAUUUCCCUUGUUCAAGCAACCUUUAUUUUUGUUGCAUAUGACUUUACUGCCGAACUUACACCAUUAACAAUGUGUGCCUUUUUUUGGAAGAUUUCUUGUAACACGUUUGUUACGUCCGGACUAACUUGAUUGAAUUUUACAGUGUUUCUAAGAAUUGACUUGUGGUAUGUUUUUUCAGUAUUAGUUUCCAAUUUGUCUGGCUUUACUUUUAACUUAAAAAUUAUCAUAUUUAUAGAUGUUAGAGAGUUCUCAACUACAAAUAAAGGUCAUGUUUUUAGUAUCUGAUUUACUUGCUGUAUUUAUAGCAAUCCUUGCAUUUGCUAGAAAUAUAACUUUUAAUAUAGUAGAAUGUAAAUAAAAUUAUGUUCUCUAUAAUAUUCAGCAUUUUAAGACUUCAGUAAACAUUUAGACUAGUAAACUGAUACUUACUGUAAAUACUUCUAUAGUGAUUCCAUGGACCAAAUUUAUAUUUAUAAUUGUAGAUUUUUAUAUUUUACUACUGAGUCAGUUUUCUAGUUCUGUGUAAUUGCAUUGUUAUAAUGAUGUAGUUCAAUAUAUGUUUUUAUUUUAACAAAAGUCUUCUGAUAUAUAAUUGUGCAUCUUAAGUGAUUAAUCUUCAUAUAUCUGCAUGUAAUUUUAACUUUUUGUGGGGAAUAGAAAAACAUUUGUUUUGAAAUGAGACGUUUUUAUGAGAAUAACAUCUGUACUUGGCAUUGUUUAAAUUGUUUUUAUCUACGGCAUUGCAAAAAUAAAUAUAAAUAUUCCAAUCUGUACUUAGAAUGCUGCAGCAUACAGUAAACACUGUGCAUUGUUAAUACCCAAGAUUUUAUAAAUUCUGCCACUUGCUCUC